AUGGGCGAAGCGGAGGAAGCAAUUGCCACUCUAAGACGCGAAUAUCAGGUCAGAGCGGACAACAUAAAAAGGUCGGUCAACGCCAUCGAAACAUUUGUUGAAUCGUACAUUCCCGCGCAGCAUGAAGACCAGGUUUCAAUCAGGUUGGAGAAGUUAGAAGGUUUUUACAGCCAGUAUGUCGAGCAAGUAGUUCAGCUGCAAUUGCUUCCCCUGAGUGUUCCCGCCAUUGAGUAUGAUAAGGUGCUGAAUCGGUUUGAAACAAAAUAUUACCAUUUGAAGGCAAAGCUCACUCAAUUGCUAUCGGUAAAAAAGUCCGACACCGCUAGUACCUCUAAAAGGUUCCAUUCGCAGAGCACCCAUAUCAAGUAUCCUGAGCUGAAACUCCCAGAUUUCUCCGGAAACCCACUCGAAUGGCAAUCUUUCCAUGAUCGGUUCAACGCUGCGGUGCAUUCGUCAAGUGACCUAAGUGCAUCGGAAAAAUUCCAAUACUUAAAGGGCCUCCUACGAGGCGAAGCAGCUGGUUUGAUAUCGGAGGUACCAAUAAGUGAUGAAAACUAUUUGGAGGCUUGGAAGCGGUUAGUAGCGAGAUAUGACGACAAGCGGAUGUUAGUGAAAUGUCAUCUCACGGAGCUUUUCAGUACUCCAUCAAUAAAGCAGGAAUCUACGGAAGGAGUGUUAAAUUUGGUCGAUAGGUUCGAUCGAAAUAUCGCGAUUCUUAAAAAACUUGGUGAGCCAACAGACAGCUGGAGUACCAUUUUGGUGUAUCAACUAAGUCAGCGAUUGGAUCACGAUACCCUCCGCGAAUGGGAAAAUCACGUAGCUCGAAAUUCCAUGGUCAAGGUUGAAGGUCAGCAAACCCAUAUGCCAAAAUAUAGCGACAUGGUUACUUUUCUGCAGGGCCACGCACGAGUUCUGCAAGCUAUUGCUCCUACCACCCAACUUCGCUCUCGUGAUACAAAAUUAAAGUCUCAACCUAAGUUCUCGACUCUGCAUGUCGCACAAUCGUCAGCAAACGAAUCAACGGUUACACGAAAAUGUUUACAAUGCGGAGGGGACCACCAUCUGCAUCAGUGCUACAAAUUCCGCAAGCUUUCGCCCAGGCAGCGGUUCGAAUUCGUGAAGCAACAUCACCUAUGCUUGAAUUGCAUGAAAACGUCAAAUCAUGGUUGCAAGGACUGUUCUUCAGAUGGGUGUCGCAAAUGUAAAAAACGUCAUCACACACUCAUUCAUCUACCGCCGCUGGAACCUAUUGAUCAGACCAACAGCUCUGUAACAUCCACUUUCACUGGUCAAGCUGAUUCCGCUCAAAAUUUCACAACGCAACCCAGCACCAGCUCGUCAAAUUCGUACACAACAUUGGUAGCAACCAAUCAGUCUGUAUUGGAGCCAGUUAUAUCCUCGAUGCCUUCGUCUCAGUCACAUACGAACCGACCCUCCGGUCUCGCGGCUCACUCGACGAAGCUUCCCAGCGAAACUGUUUUGCUGUCUACUGCACAGAUCUACCUCGACGACUGUAACGGAGCGAAGGUCAUUGCUCGAGUAUUACUGGAUAGUUGUUCGCAGUUCAAUCUCAUGACGGAAUCAUUCCAUAAGAAGCUGAAACUGCCUCUUUUACCAGAACACGUCAACCUUGGCGGCGUGGGUCAAAUUGUGACAUCAAUUUCGAAGGCAGUUAAAACCACAAUUACCUCCCGGGUAUCGGAUUUCUCCAAAAAUAUGAAGUUCCUGGUUCUUUCGACGAUUUCAUCCGAGCAACCGGUACAAGCAAUAUCUACGGUUGAAUGGGAUAUCCCUAGUUGGAUAACUUUGGCCGAUCCAACAUUUUGCACUCCAGGUCCCAUCGAUGCACUUCUUGGUGCCGGCACAUUUUUUGAAUUAUUACGCUACGGAAAGGUUACUAUUGGGGAUCACCUGCCGCUCCUUCAAAAUACGAUACUAGGCUGGAUUGUUUCUGGAGAAUGUUCGGGGCGACAAUCCAGCACUCCAGAGCAUCAUAGUUUUCACCUGACUCACAACCAACGUCUCGAGAAAUUGGUGACACGAUUUUGGGAAUUGGACCAAUGUUCUGCGAAUUCUAGCUGGUCUCCCACAGAGAAGCAGUGCGAACGCCAUUUCAUAAAUAAUGUGACUCGCAAUGAGCAGGGUAGAUAUGUUGUUCGCCUUCCAAUGAAGCAUGAGCUCUUACCUCGUCUACGAGACAAUCGCUUCAACGCACAGCGUCGCUUUUUAGCCCUUGAACGGAAGCUUGACGCGAAUCCUGCAUUUCGGACACAGUACGAGGAAUUUAUUCACGAGUAUCUGAGCUUAGGCCACAUGCGGGAAGUUACAUCGGAAGAAAUGGCAGCCGAAAAUCACGAUCUCCCGCGAUACUACCUGCCGCAUCAUGCAAUCAUUCGGCCUGAAAGCACCACUACAAAACUUCGAACUGUCUUCGAUGCCUCCUGUAAGAGCUGCUCUGGGCUUUCGCUGAACGACGUUUUACUUGCUGGGCCCACCAUCCAAGAUUCGCUGUUGUCCAUCGUUCUACGCUUCCGUAUACAUGCUUUCGUAAUCACUGGGGACAUAGCAAAAAUGUACCGCCAGAUUCUCGUACAUCCAGCAGAUCAGCCGCUUCAACGAAUCUUUUGGCGAGAAAAGCGGUCGGAUUCGUUGAAAACGUAUCAACUUCUCACCGUGACGUACGGUACAAAUUCUGCCCCGUUCCUCGCUACCCGAGUAUUGCAGCAGCUCGCAGAGGAUGAAAAUGAACGUUAUCCUCUGGCAGCAUCGGUUAUCCGGAAGGAUCUAUAUAUAGACGAUUUGCUCACGGGUCGCGACGAUUUGGAAGAGCCAAAGAUCCUUUGCAAUCAGUUACAGCAGAUCUUUGGGAAUGCUGGGAUGCAACUUCGUAAGAUGUCCUCGAAUCAUCGAGAAAUACUCAACUCUAUCCCCGAGGAGUGUAGAGAAACAAAAACUCUCGUCGAAUUCGACUCCGAUGCUCCAAUUAAAACCCUAGGUUUACUCUGGGAACCUUCGUCCGAUUCAAUCCUCUACAAGCUCCCAAAGUUUGGCAAGUGUGAAAGUUAUACGAAACGAAUCGUCCUUUCUCAAACAUCUAGUUUUUUCGAUCCUUUGGGACUUCUGGGUCCAGCCAUUAUAAAAGCAAAAAUACUCAUGCAAACCCUAUGGAAAUUGGACUACGAAUGGGAUCAGCCGUUGCCAAAAGCGUUCGCCUUAGAGUGGGAGGAAUAUCAGCAUCAGUUCUGCCGACUGAAAAACUUUCGUCUUCCUCGGCAUGUGCGAUCACUGUGCCGUCCCGUUCGCACGGAAAUCCACGGAUUCAGCGACGCCUCCGAACAUGCUUAUGGUGCGUGUCUGUAUUUACGCUCGAUUGCUCCGGAUGGAUACGUCACCAUCAGACUUUUGGCAGCAAAAUCUCGUGUCGCACCUGUGAACAAUAAGUCGAUCGCAAGAUUGGAAUUGUGCGCUGCCUUGCUUCUAUCAAAAUUAUUUCUAUCCGUCAGUGCCAGCAUAGGAUUCCAGGAGAAGGCGUUCAUGUGGACCGAUUCCAUGAUUGUUUUGCACUGGUUGUCUGCAAAUCCUUCUACAUGGCAAACAUUUGUAGCCAAUCGGGUCGCUGAAAUUCAGGAAAUUACUGCACACUGCACCUGGCAUCACGUUCCCGGGCAGGAAAACCCCGCCGAUCUCAUAUCUAGGGGUAUGGACGUUGGACUACUCGUUGACAGCUCGUUAUGGUGGAAUGCAUCGUCGUGGCUUGCUUCGCUAAACCUACCUUGGCCGGAACCACCAGAGCAGUUUGGACGCGUGAGGGAAAACGAGCUUGAAACUAGAAGAGGAAUUGCCCUUCCCAUUGCAGCGCAGGAAGCCGACAUUUUCUCUUUGUUUUCCUCGUUCACCACUUUUCUACGAAUUGGCGCUCUUUGUAGACGAUUUGCUAACAACUGCCGAAGCCUUUCAUUCCGCCACAAGAAUCCCAAUCAGCCACCAAUGCCACUGUGUCGUAACGGUUUAAUCACGGUGGAUGAACUCAACGAAACAUUGUUCUCCGUCGUUCGUUUGAUCCAGCACGAAUAUUUUGCCCCAGAAAUUUCUGCAUUAAGGAAUAGGCAACCUGUUUCAAAUCAAUCGAAGCUGCGCUUCCUCCACCCCGUCCUCCAUGAUAACCUUGUUCGAGUUGGUGGCCGGCUAAAGCAUGCUGAAAUUACUGCUGAUGCAAAGUAUCCUCUCGCCUUACCAGGAAAGCAUUCACUAACCCGCAUGAUUGCUGAAACAAUCCAUCGACAACAGCUACACUGUGGACCUCAACUUCUCUUAGCUACGAUUCGUCAACGUUUCUGGCCAACGCGUGGCCGGGAUCUCGUUCGUGAUGUAGUUCAUUCCUGUGUAACAUGCGUCAAGGCACGACCACACCAGCUCUCGCAACUAAUGGGAUCACUACCAGCUGUCCGAGUUACACAGUCUUACGCAUUCGAAAACGUCGGAAUUGACUUUGCGGGUCCGUUUUAUCUUCGGCGCCUAAGCCCUCGUUCUGCACCGUCGAAAUCGUACGUGGCAGUCUUCGUCUGCAUGGCAACGAAAGCGGCACAUUUGGAGCUUGUCAGCGAAUUAACCACAGCCGCAUUCAUCGGAAGCUUUCGCCGUUUCAUAGCUAGGCGUGGUAGGCCACAAAACGUGUACUGUGACAACGCAACAAACUUUGUUGGUGCCGAUCGCGAAAUUCGCCGUUUAUUUCUCUCGCAAGAACAUCGAUAUGCCAUCAACACUGAAGCAUCAGCUCAACUAGUGAAGUUUCAUUUCAUCCCAGCUCGUUCUCCAAACUUCGGCGGGCUUUGGGAAGCCUGUGUUAAAUCGAUGAAAUAUCACCUUCGUCGAAUCAUCGGAACCUCUUUCCUGCCGCAAGAAGCCUUCGUCACGGUUCUCAUGCAAGUUGAAGGCUGCUUGAAUUCCAGGCCUAUUACACCACUAUCAACUGACCCAAGUGAUAUGCAGGUGCUAACGCCGGGCCAUUUUCUUAUCGGGCGGCCGCUCAACGCCCUGCCAGAACCCGAUUACACUGUUGUUCCCGAGAAUCGGCUGCGGAUGUGGGAACGACUUCAACGGUAUACGCAACACUUCUGGCAGCGAUGGCAUCGUGAGUACCUGACGUCCCUUCAACAUCGAUACAAAUGGUCCAAAUUUACUCGCAACCUGGCUAUCGGUUCCAUCGUGCUACUGCAAGAAGAUUCGCUUCCAGUGUUGAAGUGGUCGAUUGGGAGAGUGGUGGACGUGCAUCCAGACGACAACGGUAUAGUACGUGUAGCAUCAGUACGGUUGCCAUCCGGGUCGAUCUCCAGACGUGCUAUCUCCAGACUUUGUUUGUUGCCAAUUGAAGUCGAUUCAGCACAACUACAAGGCACAACUAUCAACUCGCCAUCUACUUCCACAGGGUCGAUGUGA